AUGUCUCAUGAGACUCAAUCAUCAACGCUCGCUGCAUUGCAGCCUGUGACCCAGAAGUUGAGCCAGGGGUCAGUCAUCACACCGGAUGAUCCGUCAUACAAGCUUCACUCGGAGCCGUUUGCCAUUCAGAAGCAGCUUUACCCGUCAGUGGUUCUCAUUCCAAGCACCAUCGAAGAGCUGUCCUCUAUCGUGCGGUUUUUGUACUCCUCGAGCUUGGAAUUUGCAAUCCGCGGUCAUGGAUUCAAAUCGCCUUCCGCCAAAGACGUGAUCGUUAGCAUGCUGAACUUCAAGAGCCUGGAAUAUGACUCGACCAAAAAGAUUGCUACGGUUGGUGCGAGUGCAACUUGGGAAGAAGUAGUAGGGUUCAUGGAACAAGUUGACCCCGAUUACUCAGUUCCUGCAGCCCGUACACCUAGCAUCGGAGUCACGGGAUCUAUCCUCAAUGGCGGCCUUUCCUGGAUGUCCUCCGAGUACGGCGGCAUCAGCGAUCCUGUCAACUUCCUAGAUGCAGAAGUAGUCAAGUUUGAUGGCACUGUUGUCAUGGCAUCUCAGGAGUCGGGUCUUCUCUGGUCCCUGCGCGGCGGCGGCGGCGGCUUUGGUAUCAUUACCAAAGUUCUUCUUCGGGCGCAUCCGUAUCCAACUGAAAUCUGGUCGGGCAUUGUGCUCCUACCUCGUCACCUCUUAGCGCAGAUGAUUGAUGAGGUGGUCAAGUUCAAUCACUCUACGCCCCAUCCGAAGGUCAACUACUUCAUGUACUUGAUGCCACAGCAACUCUUGCAUACCGUUCUGGAGAAGCCUGAGCCCGAUCUGGGUGACACGGUAAUCUUCCACUUGUACGACGCCUUGGGUGAGGAGCAUGGUCGAGCUACCUUCGGUUGGGUUCUUGAAAAGCCUGGGGCAAUCGACCGGACAAGAGUGACCAACAUGAAAGGCGUUCUCGACAUGCAGAGAAAUGCAAAUAUCAUGCGAGGCACAAUGAAGACGCUCUACGCGCCAAUGGCAGUUUCCGACUUGGAUCGUGUCACAAUCGCGCGAGCGAUUGCAGUCUAUGACAACAUAGCGAAGCUAGACCAGACUAUUCACGACAUGUCUUCAGUCAUCUUCGAGUUCUUGUUGCUUCGACCCCCAAUUGGCGGUACCGCAGAGGUUGCAUGGCCUCGAUCCAACAACCUGAACCACCUGUUGCUUUUCAUCAUAAGCUGUCCGGGGAACGGCACAGAGGAGCAGGAGAAAAUCAUUCGUCAAAUCUCCAACGAUGCGCCUGGUCAGGUUUUAGGUCCGGAAAGUCGGGCAGAAGUCAACCCUGCUGGCCUCGAGCCAUCUUACCACGACGUGAAAGGGGUAUACCGGGAGCAUUAUGAGAAGUUGGUGGAGUUGCGGCGUCUUUACGAUCCUAAAAAGCGCUUUCAAUCGUUUUUCUAG